CUACUAUCAAGCAAUGGUGAACUGUUUUGGUUACGCAUACAUCUCUGGUUGAAAAAAUUUUAUAUGAAUAUUAUAAAUGUUUUACAACAAAGUUGUUAAGAGCUCGUUUAAUAAUAUUAAGAAACACUAGAAGCGCUGCGCUAGUGUUUAUUAAACGAAUUCUAGAAGUGCAUAAAUCGAUUUUAAGCACUUUUACUUUGUUGCAAUACAAACAAAGACGUGCUCAAGUCUCUUCUCGAUUAAAUUCUUAUGACUUAGAAUUCCUGCAGGCGAGAAAUUAAAAUGUCUGAUGAGGAAGAUUCUAUGUCUGAAGGCUUUUCUGCCAGCGAAGAAGAAUGGCAGCCAAACAAAGAGCAACGCGGUGGCGAGACAUCCGAUGAUGAUGAUAGCGAUUUCGAGGAUAUACCUAAGCCAGGCAUUGUUGCGGCAUCAGGCGCCGCAGGCGUUAGCAAAAAAAGGGCUGAACCGAAGUCACGUAGCGCAGCGAAACUGGCAUCAAGUAAAAAGCGGAAAACUUCUGGUCAAUCGUUGCGCGCUAAAUUAUAUAAUAAAUAUAAGCCGCCACCGAAAACGCUCUCACCGCCUAGUUACGGUGGAAAUUCACCAUCAACAUCGAAUUUAACACGCGCACAUCCAAAAAACGCCAAAAUGCCCAAUGAAAGCAACGUUAGACAAGAAAAUAAUGAAAAUGAUGGCUCAAGUAGCGAUGGCAGCAUCUAUAAUUACCUGGUCAAUCCCAAUGAAAUCGACUUGCAAUCAAGUUUUUUCAAUAAGAAAAGUUCAGAAGUUAGAAAAUCAUCAUCUCCAACUCCAGUUUUCAAUUGCAACGCCGGUCUUGCAGAUCUUACUGACUCUGAGUCAGAUUUAGAUAAUGAAGACAAAAAUGAGAAAGAGUUUUUCAAUUUCCAAAAUAUUUUAAAGAAUUUAAAUACUUUAGAAAAUACUGAAAAUGCUAAAGAAAAGAAGGGUGAUGCCAAAGAAAUCGCAAACGAUGAAAGGUCCGGAAAUAAAAUUAAUGCCAUGGACGUCUAUUCAGUGCUUGCAUUGGGCGAAAAACAAAAACAAAUGCGCAAUGAGGGCGAGGAUGAAGAUGAUGAGGACGAGGACGAUGAAAACGGUCAACGGUCUCAGGCUCCGUCGAAAUUAAGUAAAACUAAAUCUGCACGCGUCAAACGACAUACGAGGACCAGACCAUUAUCAACGGCCGCCGCCGAUUCAGAUGAUUCAGAUUGGGAGGAAGUUGCAGAUGAUCCAAAUUUAUUAGCUGAUACAUCGGUCACUGGAACGCAAACAGGAAAUCUUGAAAUACAUGUUGCGCUGCCUUCGCGGAGUUGUGGUGAAAAGAAGAAAACUCAACAGGAUCUUGAGCUCGCUCUGAAGCGCAAAUUGAACCGUGAUCGAAAAGAUCGCCAAUUGCUAAUGCAUAAAGCAAGUUUGCUAUGCCGUUUUGCGCGAUGCUAUUUUUAUAAUCGACUACUCAACGAUAACACAUUAAUGCAGAUUGCUUUGAAAUUGUUACCCAACAAAAAUGCAUAUCCACCGCAAAAAGGCACUGAAAUCAAAUAUUAUCAAUCAUUAAUGACUUGGUUUAAAACUGUUAUAAAGUUAGUCUCGCAAAAUCUAUAUCCAGAAAAAAUUGCUGUCACCAAAUCUAAGGUACGCAGGGACAUAAUUCGACAACUUAAACGUAAAGAAGCUCUAUGCAAACAGGAUAUGAUAUUCAUGUUUGUUGUGCUACUAAGAGGCAUGGGUAUGCAAUGCCGUCUUAUUUUUAAUAUGCAACCGUUACCUUUAAAGCCACCUCAAAGCGACUUGAUACCCAUUAAAUUGAUCCAGAACGACAAAAAACCAGACAAGAUGCAAGAUUCAAAAAAGAGUAAACAAUCGAAGGAGCCCAAAGACGCUUCCUCGAAAACUAAUGUUUCGCCGCAAUCAAGUAACAGCAAGCCAAAAAAGCCGACGCAAAAGAAGAACGUCAAAUCGAAAGAACAGUCCCCGGAAAUACAUCAAAAGACGGCAGCUUCACAAAAUAAUGCUAAAAAUUCAAAAUCUUCGGAAGAUGAAACAAACACUGGGUUACUAUCUGAGACAAAGAGUAACAACAAAACAACGAAUAAAAACAUUCAAAAAAACCCGCGUUUAGCUCGUUUGAAACAACCGCGUGUACAGCUAGAAGAAGUAAAUAAUGAACCUGACAGUAAGAAGUCAAGAGGCUCCUCUCCUUACAGAUGUCCAGAUGUUUUGCGAAAAGAAAACAGCAAUGAGAAUGAAAAGAAAGGUGAUGAAGAGACAUCUGAAACGAGUAAUGAGUGUUCUAUUCAACUAAAAGUUCGUGAUACACGUUCACGUAGUAAAUCACCAACUGUUCCCAUCAUCUCACCCACUUUUCUACAAACGAAACGCUAUAAAGAGAAACUGGGUAUUAUGGAGAAAAGUGCAAACGUUGAGUCUCAGAAGCUUAAAGUCAAAAAUACUAUUGAAAAUAAAGUGAAAAUUUCGCCAACGUUCCUUACUAAAUCUCAAAAUUCGGGGAGGAUGUUACGUUCUCGUACAAAAACCGAUGAAAAUAAUCAGAUCCCACAAUUAGAUGGGCCAGACGACAGUGAACACGAAGAGACUGUCAAAAAGGGUACACAUGUUGGAAAAAAACGCUCGAAUUUAUCAAAGCUGCUUAAAGCAUCUCAAAAUUCAAAAGAGUUGGAUGAAGACUUUGAACCAUCGCAAAGCAAGAAAAUUAAAGCGGCGCCUAAACUGUGGAAAAAGGAUCGCCGCGUCCUUUCAACCGAUGAAGAUGAUAAUCUAAAUAAUAGUGCAGAACGCAUGAAACGUAAGUCCAUAGCUAACGAUAUAUGGGUUGAAGUGUGGUGUGAUUUUGAGGAGCAGUGGGUUUGUGUUGAUCUAUUUAAAGGAAAAAUUCAUUGCAUUGAAUCGAUAGUGAAAUCAGCUUCUGUUAAUUUGGUCUAUGUGUUUGCGUUUCAAAAUGAUUUAACCAUUAAAGAUGUAACUGCUCGGUACUCUGCGAAUUGGGCAGACGUGGUGCGCAAAUGUCGUGUAGAAAAAGACUGGCUGGAUGUCGCAAUUUCAAGCUAUCUAGGAAAACGUACUAUGCGUGAUAUUAAGGAGGAUCGAGAAUUGCGUCGGAUACACGAGGCGAAACCAAGGCCCACGUCUAUAUGCGAUUACAAAAAUCAUCCCUUUUAUGCUCUGGAAAGACAUUUACUCAAGUUUCAAGCCAUUUAUCCACCAAAUGCACCCGUACUUGGUCAUGUAAGAGGGGAGGCGGUCUAUUCCAGAGAUUGCGUUUAUACCUUACAUUCACGAGAAAUUUGGUUAAAACAGGCGCGAGUCGUGAAACUGGGGGAAAAGCCGUAUAAAAUUGUGAAAGCUAGACCUAAAUGGGACAAGUUCACUCAGACCGUCAUCAAAGAUUUACCAUUAGAGAUAUUCGGAUAUUGGCAAACAGAGGAUUAUGAUCCACCUACAGCUGAAAAUGGUUUAGUUCCGAGAAAUGCUUAUGGUAACGUAGAUCUUUUUAAGCCUUCAAUGUUGCCUAAGAAGACGGUACAUUUGCGCUUACCAGGUCUCAAUCGCGUUUGCCGAAAAUUAGGUAUUGACUGUGCUAAUGCCACAAUUGGUUUUGAUUUUCAUCAGGGCGCAUGCCAUCCGCUUUACGAUGGUUUUGUGGUUUGUGAAGAGUUUUCAGAUACUGUAACCGCCGCUUGGCACCAAGAACAAGAUCAACUGGAACGCAAAGAACGUGAAAAACAUGAGACGCGCGUGUAUAAUAAUUGGAAAAAAUUAAUACGUGGCCUACUCAUUCGUGAGCGGAUAAAAGUGAAAUAUAAUUUUUAACUUUUUUUUUUUGUAUUUGAUGUUUAUUAGAAUGUUUGCGGUACAGUAUUGUUUUCUUUUUAUAAAAUUUAUACCAUUUCUUUUUCGCUUUAAAUUAAACAUAUAUUUGUAUUUUCCUAGUUUUUAUGCUGUCGUUGGCGAAAACGCGACCAACUUCGGCAUGUGACUUAACUAGAAAGAAAAAAAUAAA